AGUAACAGUUGGUAUUAGAAACCGCGUUGAACUCGUUCAAAUUGUUGUUUUUCGAUAACAAUCGCUGCGGGUGCCGUGUGCUGCUAGAUUUUUGCGUAAAUCAUGAAUACGAAUGCAUUAAAAAAUACCUACUAUCGAUUAUUUCAGCCGGCACCAAUAGUUUGACCAUGUGAAAAUUCGGGGCAGUUCACCGCUUGUGUGUAAUUUGUGAAACGUUCCUCAUUAGCGGAUAUCCAUGUUAAAAUGUUCCUGUUUGGAAAAAACACAUCCGACACGUUGGGCUUCGAACCUCUCCUAAAUCAUCAGAAAUCUCACGAAAAUGAACACGGCGAUCAUUCGACUACGUACGCGCCCCAAUCCGGGGACUAUACCAGGACGCUGAUAGAUCGUCCAGAGGAAAAUGGAGUUGGAGAUGGUACAGGCACAAUCAAGGUCAAAAUCGAUGGGAUGACGUGUCAGUCGUGCGUCAGGAGCAUAGAGGAGAACGUCGUCAAACAGCCGGGAAUAUAUAGCAUUAAGGUGAAUUUAGAAGGCAAACACGGCAUAGUGCAAUACGAUCCAAAAACGGUGACUGCAGAUCAAAUCUGCGAGUAUAUCGACGACAUGGGGUUCGAAGCGUCACUGCCAAUGCUUUCCAGUGAUAAUCAAGAAAUAAACAAAUGCGUUAUCGAUAUCAAAGGGAUGACGUGCAACUCGUGCGUGCAAAGCAUUGAAGGAAUGAUAUCGACGAAAGUAGGAGUGAAAUCGAUAAAAGUGGAUCUGAAUAAAGCCGAAGGCUAUAUAGAAUUUCUUCCAAACGAAGUCACUCCAGAAGAGUUAGCAGAACAGAUCGAGGACAUGGGAUUCGAGGCGUACGUCAAAUCCGUCAAUGGAAAAAACAUCGCCAACGGUUAUGUAGAAAAAAACAAAUCCCAACCGAGUACAUCUGGUGCCAAAGCGGACGAAGACUUAAAACUAGAAAAAUGCAACAUUCACAUAAAAGGAAUGACGUGCGGAUCGUGUGUGGCCGCCAUCGAAAAACAUGUACAAAAAUUACCGGGCUGCCGCAAGAUCCUCGUAUCGCUGCUAGCCGCCCGCGCCGAAGUACAUUACGACGCUUCGAUCACGAAUCCGGCGAAUAUCGUCGCUUCCGUGACCGAUCUCGGUUUCCCCGCGUCCGUUUUGCAACAAUCCGGCGCCGGGGAGGCAGAAGUCGAUCUUCAAAUCAGGGGGAUGACGUGCGCCAGUUGCGUCAAUAAGAUCGAGUCGAACGUCGGCAAAAUACCGGGGAUCAAGGAUGCUAAGGUGGCUCUGACCACGCAGAGAGGCAAAUUCCGUUUCGAUCCCGAGCUAACUGGCCCGCGGCACAUAAUCGAAACGAUCAAACGUCUCGGUUUCGACGCGGAAUUGUUUUCUCGGGACGGCGGUGGAGGCGAUUAUUUACAGCAAAAGGAGGAGAUCAGGAAGUGGAAGAGGAGUUUUUUGUUCUCGUUGGCUUUCGGUGGGCCUUGCAUGGCGGUCAUGUUGUACUUCAUGAUCGUCAUGACCGCCGGGCAUAUGUCGCAUGAGGAUAUGUGCUGCAUUGUACCAGGUCUUUCGUUAGAAAACUUCCUGCUGUGGGCUCUCUCCACGCCCGUUCUGAUCUUCGGCGGCCGGCACUUUUUCGUGCAAGCGUACAAGGCUCUGAUCCACCGCACCACCAACAUGGACGUGCUGAUCGCGAUGGCGACCUCGAUUUCGUACACGUACAGCGUGUGCGUCGUCGCAGCCGCGAUGGUCCUCAAGCAAAAGACGUCGCCGCAAACGUUCUUCGAUACCCCGCCGAUGCUUUUGGUGUUCAUCAGCUUAGGCAGGUGGCUGGAGCAUAUCGCCAAAGGGAAAACUUCGGAGGCUCUGAGCAGAUUGCUUUCUUUGAAGGCUACAGACGCUGUGAUAGUAACAUUAGGAGAGAAAGGAGAAAUCGUCAGCGAAGAAUUGGUGAACGUAGAUCUAGUUCAGCGAGGGGAUGUUUUGAAAGUCGUGCCUGGCGCUAAGGUGCCCGUUGAUGGAAAAGUAUUACAGGGUCAAUCGAUGUGCGACGAAAGCCUGAUAACGGGCGAAAGCAUGCCGGUGGCGAAAAAGAUCGGCGGCGCCGUUAUCGGCGGCUCGAUCAACCAACACGGGCUGCUGAUAAUCGAAGCGACGCACACCGGAGAAGCGACGACGCUGUCGCAGAUCGUCAAGUUGGUCGAAGAAGCGCAAACGUCCAAAGCGCCGAUUCAGCAUCUCGCGGACAAAAUCGCAGGGUAUUUUGUGCCCACCGUCGUGCUACUAUCGGUGCUGACUUUAAUAAUUUGGACGAUCGUCGGUUCGAUCAACAUCGAGUAUCUGCCCGUGUCCGAGGCCGAGAAACAAGGCUUCAGCAACACAGAGAUCAUCUUGCAGUUCGUGUUUCGAUGUGCUUUGAGCGUGUUGGCUAUCGCGUGUCCAUGCGCGCUUGGAUUGGCCACUCCUACGGCCGUUAUGGUAGGAACAGGUGUGGGCGCUCUGAACGGAAUUCUGAUCAAAGGGGCCGAACCGUUGGAGAACGCUCACAAAGUGAAGGCGAUCAUGUUCGAUAAAACGGGCACGAUAACGAAGGGGCUCCAAGAGGUGGCCAAGAUUUGGAUGCAGAGCGAUAAUCUCACGCCUUCCGUCGUCCUGUCCAUUCUAGGAUGCGCCGAAACGAAUUCGGAACAUCCCAUUGCGAGUGCUAUCGUCAGAUACGUCAAAGAAGCUUUGGAUUGCGAAAUAACGGGCACUUCUAGAAACUUCCAAGCGGUGCCAGGUUGUGGCAUGAAAUGUACGGUAGCGAACAUAUCAUCGAUGGUCACGAAAGCGAAAGAAAAAUCCGAGAUGAGCAACUUUGAGUCGCUAGUGCAGGCGGGCAGCUCAGGGAAUUAUGCUAUCAACGGCGUGCAGAUCGAAGUGAGGCAUUCGCAGAACAUGAGGCUGGGUCAGUUGAUCGGCAUGAACGAUCCCGCAUCGGAUGACGUCAACGGCGAGUAUGACGUCAUAAUCGGAAACAGGGAAUGGAUGAACAGAAACGGGUUCGUCGUGCUUCCGGAAGUCGACAGGAAUAUGGUGGCCGAGGAGGAACAAGGAAGAUCCGCUGUCCUGUGCGCUGUUAACGGAAAUAUAGUAGGAAUGGUGAGCGUGGCGGAUACGGUGAAACCUGAGGCACACUUGGCCGUGUACACGUUGAAAAAAAUGGGGUUGGAGGUGAUAUUGCUGACCGGAGAUAACAGACAGACCGCGGCCAGUAUAGCCCGACAGGUGGGCAUCACGAAAAUUUACGCCGAAGUACUUCCCUCGCACAAAGUAGCGAGAGUUCAAAGACUGCAAUCAAAAGGGGUGAAGGUAUGCAUGGUGGGCGACGGCGUGAACGAUUCCCCUGCUUUGGCACAAGCUGACGUUGGAAUGGCGAUCGCCUCUGGAACGGACGUCGCCGUCGAAGCUGCUCAUGUGGUGCUGAUGAGAAACGAUCUCUUGGACGUCGUCGCGUGUCUGGAGUUGAGCAGGAAGACUGUUAAUAGGAUCAGGCUCAAUUUUUUCUUCGCCAGCGUUUACAAUCUCUUAGGCAUUCCUUUGGCUGCGGGCGCGUUCAGCAUGAUCGGCUUCAUGUUAGCGCCGUGGAUGGCGAGCGCCGCGAUGGCGUUGAGCUCUGUAUCGGUGGUCGGAUCCAGUCUGAUGCUGAAACUAUGGAAGAAGCCGACGAGAGAGAAACUAGAAACGCCUGAGUAUCUCGCGCUUAGGAAUUCGGCUUCGGAACAGCUGGACGCGAUCUCGAUACAUCGCGGUUUGGACGAUAUCGAUGCUGAAGAUAAUCAAACGACACCAUCCAAACUGUCCAGGUACUGUAUAUGACCUUUAUCUUUUUUUUUCGAAGAUGUGUUUUCAUGAUUUGUAAUCCGCUUUGCGAAGUACAGAGAAUAUAAUAAUUGAAUAUCAAUAUUUACGUUUUUUGUGUUACGUUUCAGUUUUGCUAUAGAGGUUUAAACGAACUUUGUUAUCAUUUUGAGAUCAUUCUUGUUUAAAACGUUUUACAUGGCAAAGUGUAACUUUUUCUUUGAAUGCGUCCUUAUACAAUAAGUGCGAGGAACUUUCUGUUUGAAGAUAUAUUGUUGUUAUUUUUCGAUUAAUAUUGUUGGUAUUUUUCGAAAGGUUGCACAAAACUGGCGGAGACGAUAAUGGUACUCAUAAUGACGUCCAAAUUAUAAAGAACUGCACUGGAUCAUGACAAAUAAAAAUUAUGUAUAUAUAAUAUUUUUUGUAAGUUGGGUGAGGCUUAUUCGUUUUUGUAUUGUCAUUGAUAACUAUCUAUCAAUCAUGUAUAUGUUUUUCACUUUUAUUGUUUAGUUUUCCAUUAUAC